AUGACAACGCUCAGCUCGGAAAAAGCACGUCUCCAGAAAGUGGCGGACCUUAUGCUUGAGAUAUACGAGGAACUUUCCAGAAUGCGCUAUAUUCAACGCGCGGGAAUUAGGCGCGGGCCACACAACCUAACCCACCUGGAGGCUGCCUAUGACGAGCUCGACCUGGACUCAUCAAUAAAAUAUCUCUACAGCAUCCUACCAUAUAUUGAUCCGCUUGCUGCGGGGAAAGACUCAUUCUCUCGAAUCGGCGAGUUUACCGAUUUCAGGGAUAUCGAGCAAGCCGAACGAAGCCGCGACCCAUUUUAUGGGGAUCCCUCGGAUCCGAAUUUCGAGGAUGAAAAUGGCCCGUAUAUCCAGCCCUGGGUCACACCAUUGACCAGCCUGGGUAAUCAUGGCAGCGUCAUGUUAUAUGAUGCACGCCGACAUGUCAUUUGGAUUAUUGAUCAGGAGAGCUGGGACACGACCGAUCCCGCUCUUGAAGGUCAUCCGACGAAAGAACCGCAGUCGUUGAAUCGGAAUAGCUUUGAGCAUAUUCCGCACAGAAAUGCUGAGGCGGCUCUUCGGGAUAUUUUGCGAUCGUAUCGCUCUUUAGAAUGGAUUCCAGGUAGUGGGGAGAACACCGGGCUGGAAUGGGAUGGGUCCAUUCUUUCGUUAAGGGAGAUGUACCUUGAAAAUGGGUGGCCUGAUGCGUUUAAUGGAGAUGCAUUUGAGGUGGCGCAAGCGAGGUCAUUUUGUGUAUAUAUACUGCAGGAAGAUACAGAUCAUAGGCUAGAAGGAGAAAACCUGGUGCACGCGGAAAUGGCAUGCUUGCGGGGAAAGCUUGAGGAUGCGCGCGCCGAAGUGGACGAUUGGAAAACAAGGACUCAAAACGAAGAGGACCCAGAGGAGCUCGAAGAACUAAAAAAGAUGCUUAUAGUAUCUGAAGGAACUGUCGCUAUUUAUCAGAGAGCAGUCAAAGCAGCAGAAGCGGGUACAGGUUCUCAAGGUUAA